CAGGCAGGCGUGCAGAUGGGCAAUGCUUGUUGGGAACUCUACUGCUUGGAGCACGGCAUCAAGCCAGAUGGACACUUAGCCACCCACACUGAUGUGACGUCUGUCGUGGACUCUUCCUUCAACACGUUCUUCAGCGAGACCGGCUCUGGGAAGCACGUGCCCAGAGCCAUCUUCAUAGACCUGGAGCCUUCUGUUAUUGAUGGGGUCCGCACGGGACCAUACAAACAACUCUUCCAUCCGGAACAGCUGAUCAGUGGCAAGGAGGACGCAGCCAACAACUACGCGCGUGGCCACUACACGAUUGGCAAACAGAUCGUUGAGACUGUUGUGGACAGAAUCCGCAAACUGUCCGAGCGAUGCACAGGUCUGCAGGGAUUCCUGUUAUUCCACAGCUUUGGCGGCGGCACAGGCUCGGGCUUCACGUCGCUGCUCAUGGAGCGCCUCUCUGCAGAUUAUGGGAAGAAGUCAAAGCUGGAGUUCUGCAUUUAUCCUGCGCCACAGGUGUCCACGGCUGUCGUGGAACCCUACAAUGCCAUCCUCACCACCCACACCACCCUAGAGCACUCGGAUUGCUCCUUCAUGGUGGACAACGAGGCAAUCUAUGACAUCUGUCGCAAGAAACUGGACAUCGAUUUUCCGUCUUACCUCAACCUGAACCGCCUCAUCGCCCAGAUGGUGUCAUCCAUAACGGCCUCGCUGCGCUUCGAUGGCGCACUCAACGUCGACCUCAAUGAGUUCCAGACCAACCUGGUGCCCUAUCCGCGCAUUCAUUUCCCACUGACCACCUAUGCGCCAGUCAUCUCGGCUGAGAAGGCCUACCACGAGCAGCUGUCCGUCGCUGAGAUCACCAAUGCCUGCUUCGAGCCGUCGAACCAAAUGGUGAAGUGCGACCCGCGGCAUGGCAAGUACAUGGCCUGCUGCCUCCUCUACCGCGGCGACAUCGUCCCAAAGGAUGUGAACACUGCCAUCACAAUCAUAAAGUCCCGACGUGCAGUUCGCUUCGUCGACUGGUGCCCCACGGGCUUCAAGGUGGGCAUCAACUACCAGCCGCCCACCGCGGUGCCCGGGGGAGAUCUGGCCAAGGUGCAGCGCGCCGUAUGCAUGCUGAGCAACACCACAGCCAUCGCCGAGGCCUGGUCGCGCCUUAACCACAAGUUCGACCUCAUGUAUGCCAAGCGAGCCUUUGUGCACUGGUACGUGGGCGAGGGCAUGGAGGAGGGGGAGUUCACAGAAGCUCGGGAAGACAUGGCGGCACUUGAGAAGGACUACGAGGAGGUCGGGAUUGACGGUGCCGAUGUGGUAGAGGGUGAAGAGGAAUACUGA